CACACACUCUCUCGCUUUCUCUCUCUCUCACACACACACACACACACACUUUCUCUCUCUCUCUCUCUCACACACACACACAUUUUCUCUCGCUCUCUCUCACACACACACACACACACACUAACACACACACUUUCUCUCUCUCUCUCUCUCUCACACACACACACACACACACUUUCUCUCUCUCUCGCUCUCUCUCUCUCUCUCUCUCUCUCUCUCUCUCACACACACACACACACACACACACACUCACACACUGUCUCGGCUGUUCAAAUUCCCAGAUUGAAGUACCAAGAAAAUAAUCGUGCAUUGAUUCAUCACAACAAGCAGCGGGCAGCAUGGCUUCUGGUGUCACAGUCAAUGAUGAAGUCAUCAAAGUCUUCAAUGACAUGAAAGUACGGAAGUCCUCGACCUCAGAUGAGGUAAAAAAGCGCAAGAAGGCCGUGCUGUUCUGUCUCAGUGAAGACAAGAAGAAGAUUGUCGUAGAGGAAGGCAAGCAGAUCUUAGUUGGAGACAUUGGAAACACCGUCGAUGACCCCUACGCCUGCUUCGUAAAACUCCUACCUCUCAACGACUGCAGAUACGGCUUAUAUGACGCUACUUAUGAGACAAAAGAAUCUAAGAAAGAAGACUUGGUAUUUAUAUUUUGGGCCCCUGAAGGUGCACCGUUAAAAAGCAAGAUGAUCUACGCUAGCUCUAAAGAUGCCAUUAAGAAGAAGUUUACAGGUAUCAAACACGAAUGGCAGGUUAAUGGUUUAGAUGACAUUCAGGACCGCUCAACUCUGGCUGAAAAGUUGGGAGGAAGUGUGGUCGUAUCGCUGGAGGGGAGACCAUUGUAAACUGAACAGCCAUGUGCCAUCUGGAUUCCACACGCUUUCAUCAUCGCAGCUGUCUCUAUCAUUUGAUGCUGAAGGAAUAGUCCUAUUUUUUUGUAUUUCAUUUUUUUCCCUUUCUUUUGUUAGUUUGAUUUCUUUGCCCCCCCCCCCCCCCCCCCCCACACACACACACACAUACACACACCCACACACCCACACACACACACACACACACAUUAAGGAUAUCUCAUUAACAUACUGUAUAUGCAACAAAAAAAAAUCUACCAGUUUAUUGCUAGCCUAUUUCCUUGGCUGCUGGUAGUUUUUGUACUUCCCCAAAGAAUGUUCUGUCUCUCUCUCUUUCUCUCUCCCUGCAUGUUUUGCCAAAUGACAGUGCGAAGCUUAAAUGAUCAAAUAUUAAAGGCAUAGUUCAGCCAAAAAUGAAAGUUCUGUAACCAUUCAUCUGUUUGACUUAAAAGAGAUGUUAGUGCCCCAGUCACCUUUCACUUUCAUUAUAUGGAAAAAAGAUGCAGUGAAUGGUGACUAAUACUAAUAAAAGAAAAAGUAAUACGGGUUUGGAACAACAUGAGGGUGAGCAAGUGAUGUCAAAAUUCCGAUUUUUGAGUGGAACUAUCUCUUUAACAGCGCUACCAGCACAAGCUCAGUUUAUAUCUUUAUAAAAAAAAUGUUUUGAAGAGAUAUGCUAUUAUGCUGUAAGAGAAUAUAUGAGACUGCUGUUUGUUAAUGCCUCACAGCAACGCAUUAACCGGUAACAAGCACUUUACAAGUUUUAAACUAUUUAUUUGAACUCUUCUACCUAAUCUGGCUCGUUUGAAAUGGCAAACACGUUAGAAAGUCCAUGCAGGUAAAAAGCACUUUUCAGUUUUUACACUACCAAUUGAAGGUGGACUUUGGAAUUUCUGUGACUGUCAACCGGAAUUGAAAUUACCACAGUUUUCAUUCCUAUUAUGCAAAAGGACAUAAACAGAUGAGUUUGAACUGUUCCAUUGCAGUCUUUAUGAUUAAGAUGCACAGUUUACACUACAGAAUGUGAAGGCAAAGCUGCUUGGAAGUUUUUUGGGUUUUUUUUACACAGUAAAAGAGAUUAUAUAUUAUCUGUAAAGAUGGCAAUACUUUUGAGAUCGAAGAAAGUUGCCACUUUGAAAUAAAAUCUUGUGGCGGAAUUCUUGGAUGGAUUUCUUGGCUCAAUUAAAUGCUCUGUCUUAUCAACAGGGUGUUACCAGAACA